UAGAGCCUGGUCUCUUCUAGGUUGGGAAACUACGAGAUUCCUCGGGCUCCUAGUGGACUUUGUGGACGCCAGCCCUGUUCCGGCCCUCGAGGGCGCCGCGGCCAACAUGUGGAAUAGUGGAUUUGAUGGAAACUAUGGGAGCUCUUCCUACACGAGUGGUGGCUACACACAGCCCCCAGGGGGAUUUGGCACUCCUACUGCUUCUCAAGCCGAAAAGAAGUCAAGAGCAAGAGCCCAGCACAUUGUCCCUUGCACCAUAUCACAACUCCUUUCUGCCACUCUGGUUGAUGAAGUAUUUAAGAUUGGGGAGAUUGAGAUUUCACAGGUCACUAUUGUGGGAAUAAUACGACAAGCAGAGAAGGCCCCAACUAACAUUGUCUACAAAAUAGAUGAUAUGACUGCUGCACCAAUGGAUGUCCGACAGUGGGUAGACACUGAUGACACAAGCAGUGAAAAUACUGUGGUACCACCAGAAACCUAUGUAAAAGUGGCUGGUCAUCUCAGGUCUUUCCAGAACAAAAAGAGCCUGGUGGCAUUCAAGAUUCUUCCUCUGGAGGACAUGAAUGAGUUUACCAUACAUAUCCUGGAAACCGUCAAUGCACAUAUGAUACUAAGCCAAUCUGUCAGCCAGCCCUUGGCAGGAAGACCAUCUCUCAACACUUCUGGAAUAGGAGAUACAGGAGGCUUUGGAGGAAACAGCUUUAGUGGGAACAGUUUUAUGCCAGCCAAUGGCCUCACUGUAACCCAGAACCAGUUUGUGUUCUGGCUCCCCUCUAGGCAAGCUGUUGAUUUUCUCAGCAACGAAGGUCACAUCUAUUCCACUGUGGACGACGACCACUUCAAAUCCACAGACGCAGAGUGACCGCCAGCUAGUUCUGGUUUCACAAGAACCUUGACUCCUGCUGUGCAGCGAAUGGAAGUAGAGAUUGACAAGGUUUUCCACGGACACUCUCCGAAGCCCCCCUUAGACUUUCUGCCCCACUAGCUCCUUUUGAAGCUCCAUGGGCAGGAAGUCAUUAACAAACCGAACAUACUUGUCAGCUAGCAAAAACUUGCAGAGAUAUUUGGCCCUGGAGGAGUCAUGGGAAAUAUUAUUUAAAAGAGGACUUGAAAACUGGCAUCUUAAAGCUUCCAUUCCUCAGGAGAAAAUGGGCAGGCCUGGGUGUCAGGGAGCCAGAGAGCAAGGUGAGAUGAACCUUGUUUGAGGCGUGUGGCUUCCAGUAUACUUCAGACAGGCUGCUCACAUCCUCAGACACUGGGGUGACUGGAUCGAUAAGUGUGUGCAUACCAUGGAAAUGCAUCGUGCAGAAGAACAGAAGGUAGAUUAGGUAGUGUGCAAAAUAAACAUGUCCUUGCCUCUGUU